AUGGUGCCAAGAUCAAAACCUAAUAUCACAUUUCAAGGGCAAGGGUAUACUUCAACUGCAAUUGUGUGGAAUGAUACAGCAAACUCUGCUCAUGGCACUUUUUACAGUGCUUCCGUGCAAGUUUUUGCUACCAACUUUAUUGCCAAGAACAUAAGUUUUAUGAAUGUGGCUCCGAUACCUAGCCCGGGUGCGGUCGGAGCACAAGCCGUGGCCAUUAGAGUCGGAGGAGAUCAAGCAGCCUUCUGGGGUUGCGGUUUCUUUGGAGCACAAGACACACUACACGACGAUAGGGGUCGACAUUACUUCAAGGAUUGCUAUAUCCAAGGUUCGAUAGAUUUCAUCUUUGGUAAUGGAAAGUCAUUUUACGAGAAUUGUCAAAUAACCUCCAUAGCCAGCCCAGUCCCAGUCGGAGCGAGAGUCAUCAAUGGGGCUGUGACAGCCAAUGGUCGGGCUUCCAAAGACGAGAAUAGUGGCUUUGCUUUUGUGAAUUGUAGCGUGGGAGGAACGGGAAGAAUUUGGCUCGGGCGAGCAUGGAGGCCAUUCUCCACCGUCGUAUUCUCUCUCACGAGUAUGACAGAUAUAAUUGCUCCCGAAGGAUGGAACGACUACAAUGACCCUAAUAGAGACCAGAGCAUCUUUUAUGGAGAGUACAACUGCUCAGGUCCAGGAGCCAAUUUGACAUUAAGGGCACCUUACGUCCAGAGACUCAAUGACACACAAGCUUCUACAUUUCUUAAUGUUUCUUACAUUGAUGCUGCUCAAUGGUUGCAACCAUUUAUGUAA